CUAUCGAGGUGGUUCUCGGCCCUGAACCUUCUUAUCGGUGGACCGGUUUUAUAUCACGGCAACCCCACGAUUUGCGUCGGGCAGAUCAAUAUCAUCCUGUCUAACCGUUACUCCACAUACACACACACACCCAUAGUCAUAAUCGAUUCCUUCGUCUACGCAGCCACGAGAAGUGGGCAGCCCUUCAAACAUCAUGUUCAACUACGCAGAAUCGAUCGCCUCGCGUAACACUUACAUGACGUCCAUCCGAGAGACCAUGGCCGAAGCUCAGAGGUCCAAACCUGCGGUUACCAUCUCCAUGGAUGGAGACGCAGACGGGAAGUCGCACAGGUUCUACACCAACCGGGAUCGCCUGGAGGGUGACGUCAAGAUCGUUGCGCCGGCAGAUACUCGAUUCGACGAAAUCUAUAUCACGUUCGAGGGCACUUCGAGAACUUGGAUGGAGCGGCUUGGAGUCUCACCCGCAGCAUCCGGACGCACAAGUGUCUCCCAGACCUUCCUUCGCCUCGUUCAACCGGUCAAUGAAGCUUCGCUCCCCAUCCCGCGAGUUGCGAUCAAAGGGCAGGAGUAUACCUUCCCAUUCACCUUUGUGAUUCCGGAGAGACUCCUUCCGGGAGCGUGCAACCACACCAUAGCCGUCGAAAACCAGUCGGUGGAAGAAGCGCACCUGCACCUUCCGCCGUCACUCGGCGACCACACCAUCUCCACCUUCGAGGACAAGGACGAUCUGGCGCCAGACAUGACGCGCAUCUCGUAUGCCAUCCGUGUGCGAGUGCUCCGGAAGAAAGAUACCGAGGACCAGCCUGUGGUGCUCGCCGAUACGGCCCGCAAGAUCGCUGUGUCGCCGUCAAUACCCGAUGCACCACCGAUCCACAUCCAAGACAGGUCCACGGAAUUCGUGUUGCGCAAGGAGAAGGAUCUCCGGAAGGGCCUGCUGGGAAAGAAGAUCGGCCGAGUCUGCAUCUUCGCCGAGCAGCCGCAGCCAUUGCGGCUCGCCCCCAAUUCCUCCUGCCCCCCUUCCACGCGAGUUCCCGUGUCGUUAACCUUCGUCCCCGCCAACGCCGAGACCCCCCCGCCGGAGCUGGGCAACAUGACGGCAAAGCUGCGAACAUCGACCUUCUUCUCGACGCAGCGAACCUCAUACACACCCACGGUCUCGCGCUCGACUCCGGACCCCUUCGUCGGCCGAUACCAAGAGAGCACGCUCCUCUCCUCGCGGUGCGUCAGCAACGUGAGCUGGGAGAAGCAGGAGCCCCCCCUCUCCUCCUCCUCCUCCAGCAAGCCCGUGUACAAAGCGCAGAUCAUCGUCCCCAUCGCCGAGCCAAAGUGCAAGCACCUAGUCCCCACGUUCUCCACCUGCUUCGUCACACGCUCAUACACACUCGAGCUCUCGCUGUCAAUCCGAACUAGCAAGCACAGCCAGCCAAACCUCGCGCUAAAGCUCCCCCUGCAAGUCUCGCAGCCCGCAAAGGACAGCCGAGAGCACGACAGUGCGCCGCAAGACACAAGUGUCGAAGAGUUCUUCGUGCCGCGGAUCAUCUCGCCGAGCACGCUGCAGCAGGAGGUGGCAGUUAUGGCCCCCCCACCACCACCACCACCACCACCGUUUGACCGCCGACAGGGACAGCUGCCGCAGAGCAUGCUGCUGCACCCGCCGAAUGAAAUGCCGCCCCCCGAGUACUCCGUCUUUAGAGGGACGGGUGGCCCGCCGGUUAGGAUUCCGCCGCCGGUGGGGAUUUCGCCGGGGUGCGGGUGAUAAGGGGUGCGGGGACGCUGGGCUUGGCUUUUCUUGUCUUUUUAUUGACGUUUUUGGUAAUUUCU